CUUGGGCCAAACAACAUCUCACAGUUUCUUUUGUCCGGCAGCGAUGCCUGCGCAAAAGGCCGUGCAAGCUCUGUCGGCCAAGACCGAUGCCAUGCGAGCGACUGCGGUGCCUCUGCUCGUGAAGUUGGAAGAGCAGGUGGAGAAGUUGACGAAAUUGGCCGAUGAUUACCUCGAGCAGGGGAUGCUUGGCCACUACGCGGAAGCCAUCAAGAUGCGAGACAGUGCAACAGUCUCCCUUGAGGGUCUGCAGCAGAAGUUGGGGAUUUCAGGCGAAGCAGCUGACCUGGCUACGCCCACGAAGGCGGAGGUCAAGAAGGAGGCCAAGAAGGAUGCAGAGAGGGAGGCCAAGGAGGAUGCAAAGAGGCUGAGUGAACGUGACAAGGACAAUGGCAAAAAGGCAGACGCAAGGGAGGCCAAGGAAGACACGAAGAAGGCGGUCAAAGACGAACCAAAUGAGGCCCUGGACCUUUGCAACGACGAGCCCAGCUACCGUUGGAUCGCUGCCGGGGAGGGCUGUGUUGUGGAGAUCAAGGGCCCGGCCUGUGAGGCUGAUGCGAUGCCCGACGUCGAACUUUCAGAAGUGCAAGCCCGCUGCAGUUGGGAGACCAGUGCUUGGCAGCUCACCCUACCGGUCGCCUUUAGUCUGGACGUGGCCAAAUGCAAGGUGGUGCGGAGGCGGAAGAGGCAGAUCCUCGAGCUCCACCUCACUCCUGCACCACCGGCGCCGUCAUGUGGCCUCAAGCAGGCCGUGCUGGAGCAAGGUUUUGGCUGGAUGGAUGGGUUCUUGGCGGGCCAGGAAGCCGAUGUGGUGAGGGCCCGGCUGCUCGAUCUUUGGAAGAAGGGCGAGUUGAACGAGGGUGAGGUCGAGGGAGGCAAGCGCCAACACUUGCGCUCCGACCACUACCUCUUUAUGCAGGAGGACGACCCAGCAGUGGCGCCCUUCACCCGGCGCUUGGAUCAAUUGGUGCUUUCCAUCGCGAAGGAGGUGGACGAGCUCAAAGAUCUCUGGCUUAUGCGUGGUCGUCCCAUGGUUGCCGUCUACGCCGGUGCUGGUGCCCGGUACACUCCGCACUUCGACGCGGUCAGGGGCGACAAUGGCCGGAAGAUCACCUGUGUGUUGUACUUGAACCCCUUUUGGAAACCUGGUGAUGGAGCAGAGCUCCAGAUCUUCCCUGAGGCCAAGGGCAUCUCACCAGAGGGCCCCUGUCACGAGGUGCAACCGCUCCACGGCAGAUUGGCUUGCUUCCUGUGUGACAGCAGGAACUUACAUGCAGUGAAGCCGGUGUCUGAAAGUGCCAAGAUGCCGCGAGUGGCCAUCAGCUGUUGGUACUACGACUCGGAGGUGGAACACGGUUUGGGCCGGUGAACCUGUUUGGGACCGGGCGGCCUUAGUCGAGAGAGGGAGAGAGAGAGAGGAUGGACAGAUGGAGAGCGCCUGCCCUGGCCAGGGUGGACAGUUCCAUCGUGAGGAUGAGAGAGAUGCCCUCCGAAGCCGCAGCUAGAUCCAAAAGGGGCUUGG